AUGCUGAGAUCGCAAACUCAAAGGGCCUCAUUGAGGCUUAAAUCACAUAGAUUUUUAAACGAUAGAACCAAGAUAAACAGUCGACUUUUUGGCCGCUGCUAUUCUAGUAAUUCUGCUGAAAAUUUUCAACUCACUACAUUGACAAAUGGGGUUAGGGUCGCAACCAGUAACGUUCCUGGUCAUUUCUCGGCACUUGGUCUUUACAUCGCAGCAGGGUCUCGUUAUGAAACCAAAAACCUUAAGGGAUGCACACACAUUAUGGAUAGGUUGGCAUUCAAAUCAACAGAGCACAUGUCAGGGCUACAAAUGGCAGAAACAUUGGAGCUACUUGGUGGAAAUUAUCAAUGUUCAUCCUCAAGAGAGACUAUGAUGUAUCAAGCCUCGGUGUUCAAUCAAGAUGUAGAAAAGAUGUUUUCACUCAUGGCAGACACUGUACGGUUCCCCAGAAUAACGGAUGAGGAAUUAGCUGAGCAAAAGGCAACUGCUGAAUACGAAAUUGACGAAGUUUGGACUAAGCAUGAUCUUAUUCUUCCUGAAUUGCUACACAUUACUGCCUAUUCUGGCGAAACGCUUGGUUCCCCGCUUUUAUGUCCUAAAGAACUUAUCCCGUCUAUAUCCAAAUACUACUUGAAAGAUUAUAGACGGAAGUUCUAUACUCCACAGAAUAUAGUUGUGGCAUUUGUCGGUGUUAACCAUGACGAAGCUGUGAACUUUACGGAAAAAUACUUCAGUGACAUGAAAAGUGCAUCGCACAGCCCAAGUGUGAAGCCAGCUCACUACACGGGUGGUGAAACAUGUAUCCCGCCCGGGCCCGUUUUUGGGAAUUUACCAGAGUUGUUCCAUAUUCAAAUUGGGUUUGAAGGUCUGCCAAUAGGCCAUCCUGAUAUUUAUGCUCUAGCUACUCUGCAGACGUUGCUAGGGGGCGGUGGAUCUUUCAGUGCUGGCGGUCCUGGUAAGGGAAUGUAUUCACGCUUAUACACGCAUGUUCUCAACCAGCACUAUUUUGUCGAGAAUUGCAUGUCUUUUAACCAUUCGUACUCGGAUUCAGGGAUAUUCGGUAUUUCAGCUUCUUGCGUCCCACAAGCUGCUCCAUAUAUGGCUGAAAUCAUCGCACAGCAGCUUGCUAAUACAUUUUCGAAUGAGGAGUUUAAAUUGACAGAGGAAGAAGUAUCAAGAGCUAAAAACCAAUUAAAGUCAUCAUUGCUUAUGAACCUGGAGUCGAAGUUGGUGGAACUUGAAGAUUUGGGCAGACAGGUUCAGCUACAUAAUCGUAAGGUUCCUGUUACUGAGAUGAUAUCCAAUAUUGAAAAGCUGACUGUCGAAGAUAUAAGGCGUACUGCUGAAACGGUAUUCACAGGAAAGGUAAAGAAUAUUGGUGAGGGUACAGGUAAAGCAACUGUAGUGAUGCAGGGCCAGCGGGACACUUUUGGCGAUGUAGAAUCUGUGCUCAGAUAUUAUGGUCUAGGUAAUUAUCCAAAAUUGGAAGUACCUCUUGAUGCUAAGAAGAAAAAAAGAAGUUGGUUCUAA